UGAUUGACUGCCGCCGACGAUUGGUAAUAAAACAAAAAAACAUGGGAUUCAAAUUAGAAUGCUUUCAGUGGAAAAGGGCUAUGGCAGUAACCUGGAUGUGUCUCAUUGUGCUUGCCACAUGCAGAGAAACCACUGCAGAUGGAUUUGCAGUGCAAACUCCACAGAAGUCCGUCUCAGCUCAGCACGGAGCCUCCGUCACUCUGCCCUGUGGAAUCUCUCCAGCCACCAGUGCAGUGGAUCUGGAGUUGCGCUGGCACCGACCCGAUGGGUUCAACACCCCGGUUCUGUUCUACAGGAACAAAGCGGUACAGCCUGUAGAACCUCAGUACAGGGGCAGAGUGUCUCUGAUAGGGCACCUGGAGAAGGGGAACGUGUCCCUGAGACUGGAGAACCUCACGCUGGCAGACAGAGGAGAGUAUGUGUGCUACAUCAAGAGUCCUGUAUGGUAUGACACAGCUACAGUAAACCUGACUGUAAGAGUCAUGGGGUCUGCACUGGACCUCUCUAUAGCUGAGACAGGUGAAGGACAGGUAAAUGUCACCUGUGCAUCAGGUGGUUGGUGCCCAGAGCCUGAGCUCACCUGGACAGAUGGAGAGGGGAGAGUUCUAUCUGCACACCUCAGAGAGCUUUCUGCAGAUGAUGCUGGUUUGGUGGGAGUGAGUUCCUGGCUGCUCUACUCUUCCUCUGAGUCAGAGUGGCUCUCCUGCUCUGUGGGUGUGUCUGAUCAGGAGAGGAGAGAGGGUCGGAUCUUACCGUACAUUUCCAGAGGACAGACUACAGACAGAACAGGCCAGUCUGGUGGUUGGAUUGCUGCCUUCGUUAUCACUCUCCUGCUCUUGUUGACACUACUGAUUGGGAUGUUUAUCCUGUACAGAAAAGGUUUAAUCCAGUAUCCUGUGACUUCAACACCACCAGAUGGAGAGAGGCCCACAUGUGCUGGGGCAGAAGAGUCUUUACCACUUAAAGAUAAAAUGGAAGGGAAGCUGAAAACUGCAGACAAAGAAACAAACACAGCAGUGACAGAAUGGGCAGAGAAGGACACAAACACGAAUGAUUCCAUCCUUCUGACACCAGAAUGGGACUUAUUGAAAUCACAUACAGUUAAGAACAUCAGUCUGGACAAUAGCACUGUCCCUCCUUUUCUGGAGGUGAGAGAUUUAAAAAGAAACACAGAAGUGACGUGUCCUGAUCCUCUGAAAGCCCAGGGCCAUGGGAACAAGUUUCCCCAUGUUCUGUGUAAGGAGAAAUUCAGAUCAGGAAAGCACUGCUGGGGGGUGAAGAUUUGGGAAGAAGGAAAAAAUAUUGAAGCUAAGAUUGACUCUGACAAAAUAAUUCAACAGAAGCAGUCGUGGUAUGUGGGGGUGUGCAGUGACACAGCAGAAGCCCGAACACACAGAGUCCCUUUAACCCAAAAGAAUGGCUUCUGGGUUCUUCAGUAUGAGAAAGGAACUGGACUCUUUGCCAACUCUGACCCUCCAACUCCAGUGCAGGUGGCAACAAUGUUUAGAAGGCUGGGAAUGUUUCUGGACUGUGACAAACACACUCUGUCCUUUUACAAUGUGGACACUAAAUUACACUUGUGCACCUUUGAGAAUGUGAGAGCUGCCAAUGUCAACCCUAAAUCACAGUGCACCUCUAAGAAUGAGAGACCUCCCAACAGCCUGAUUCCUCUGAUUAGUCCUGGAGUCAGAGACUCUUUGGUCAUGAAGAUACGUGCAGAUGUGGAUAAACUAAAGGGUGGUUGGACUGCUGCCUUCGUUAUCACUCUGCUGCUCUUGUUGACACUACUGAUUGGGAUGUUUAUCCUGUACAGAAAAGGUUUAAUCCAGUAUCCUGUGACUUCAACACCACCAGAUGGAGAGAGGCCCACAUGUGCUGGGGCAGAAGAGUCUUUACCACUUAAAGAUAAAAUGGAAGGGAAGCUGAAAACUGCAGACAAAGAAACAAACACAGCAGUGACAGAAUGGGCAGAGAAGGACACAAACACGAAUGAUUCCAUCCUUCUGACACCAGUUAAGAACAUCAGUCUGGACAAUAGCACUGUCCCUCCUUUUCUGGAGGUGAGAGAUUUAAAAAGAAACACAGAAGUGACGUGUCCUGAUCCUCUGAAAGCCCAGGGCCAUGGGAACAAGUUUCCCCAUGUUCUGUGUAAGGAGAAAUUCAGAUCAGGAAAGCACUGCUGGGGGGUGAAGAUUUGGGAAGAAGGAAAAAAUAUUGAAGCUAAGAUUGACUCUGACAAAAUAAUUCAACAGAAGCAGUCGUGGUAUGUGGGGGUGUGCAGUGACACAGCAGAGCGAACACACAGAGUCCCUUUAACCCAAAAGAAUGGCUUCUGGGUUCUUCAGUAUGAGAAAGGAACUGGACUCUUUGCCAACUCUGACCCUCCAACUCCAGUGCAGGUGGCAACAAUGUUUAGAAGGCUGGGAAUGUUUCUGGACUGUGACAAACACACUCUGUCCUUUUACAAUGUGGACACUAAAUUACACUUGUGCACCUUUGAGAAUGUGAGAGCUGCCAAUGUCAACCCUAAAUCACAGUGCACCUCUAAGAAUGAGAGACCUCCCAACAGCCUGAUUCCUCUGAUUAGUCCUGAUUAG